ACUGGGGAAAUGCAGCCCUCUCUUCCCCAGAUUUCCCCUCCAAAAUGAGAGGUUCCAUUUUGACAAAUCACUUUUAUUCCUUGCUUUGAGUGCAGAGAGUCUCCUGGAACUCCUGACCACUUCUGUUGUAUCAGUACUUCUGUUAAUUUAGUGAAUGCUGACCUCUGUUUAUCAUAGAGCAAACAUAAUGUAUCAUACCAUUUUUCAUUAUUAGUAUUAUUAUUGUAGUAGUAGUAUAUUUACAAUAAUAUAUUGCUGUAAAUGGUUAUAAUUAUUUCAUCUAUAUUUUGCUAAUAUUUAAAAUGAUUACAUUUAAUAUUUUAAUUACCUAUAUUAUAAUAAAUUAGUGAGAAUUAUAGCUUUCCUGACAGAAACAGCUCUCAGCUUGUUGGGUCUUAUAGUGCAUUAUAGUUAUCUCUUGAAAGAAAAGGAAAUUCACUGUGUGGCAUUCUUGUAAAAAGGGCACACACAGUAUGUACAGUCCACAAACACUGUUCCUAUUUAUAUAAAUGGGCUGUGGGAGAAGUGCUCACUGUGCCCAGUCUUGGAAUCAUAUACCAAUACAUCCUUGAUGUCUUAGGAAAGGACAUUAAGUUGGCUGAGAAGGAAAUACAGCCACUUAAAAGCAUUAAUUCUCUGGGAACACACAGAAAAGCAAAAAUAAAUUAAAUGUAUCGCCUUUAAUUUGUUGGCUAUGCUAAAAUAUUAUGAGACUACAUCUUCAACAAAUUAUGAUAAAUGAUAUCAACUGAGACAUGGUAACUGCUUGAACUUCUUUUGGAUGAAGUCAUAAGAUGCAGGUUUUAAGCUGCCACCAAAUCUAGCUUCUCACUAUCUUACUAUUCUUCGUCGUGUCCUCUGUGCAUCACACAUAUGGGUGCUGCGCCUGCACAGUGCCUAGGCCGGAAGAUUAGAAAGCUAACGGUUUUUGGCGGGAAAAGGCUCCACUCCCCUCCCUCCUAUAGUAUAAAUAGAGCGGAGCGUCCGCCAUUUUAUUCAGUCUUUGUGACCGCCGUUCGCUGUGCCUCGUGCCUCUUCAUCUCUUGCUUAGUUUCUUGCCUUGUGCUCGUUUACGGUUAUACUUACCUUGUUAUACCUUGUUAUACUCCUAAUUUUUUCUCUUAUCCGUAUUGUAGUUUUCCUCUUCUUUCUUCUUUCUAAAAAAAAAAAAAAAAAAAACCAAAAAUAUUAUUCUUUACCCUCUGCACUAUCAUCUUCUCUUUCCUUUUCGCGAUGGCGCAGCGGGCGACAUUUCGCAAAUGUAGCAAGUGCAGCUCCAAAAUGUCUCCUGCCAACCCGCACGACCUAUGCCUCCUCUGCCUUGGCAAGGGGCAUAGGACCGUCAAGUGCGGGCAUUGCCUGGCCUUUACCAAACAGGCCAGGAAGAAUAGGGAGAAUUGUCUCCACAAGUUGCUGUGGGACCAGGCCUUGUACUAUCAGACCAAUUGGUCUCAAGGCCUACUUCUUCCUCGACUGUGCCUUCUCAGCGCUUCGCCUCUACUUUGGCCACGCCCUCCAAGCGCCCCGCCUCAACAUCGGCCACACCGCCACAGUGUCCUUCACACGAAGGUGCUGCCUCAACGGAAACACAACAGCUACCUUCUCCCCCAACUAAGCAGAAGGAGAAGCGUAAGCACUCUGAAUCUGAUAAAUCCUCUGGGCACAAAAAACCGAGGAAAGAUAAAGCGGCCAAGGUGGCUCACAAGGGCAAGAAGCUCGAUCGCCCCAAACACCGGGGCUCAGAUUCAUCAGGGUUUUCGGUACCGACUGCUGCUACGGUACCGACUCCCUCGGGACCGGCCCUGCAAUUGGCGAUGCAGGUGACUCCGCCGGGUUCCCCCAGGUAAAUUAUCUGGCCUGAGAGCAUGUCUUCUCCACCUCCGGAGCUGCCGCUUAGGGAAUCGAUCUCAAAUGGAGAGAUCAGAGACUCCCCACUGAGGGAACGUUCUCCAACCCUGAUGCUUACCGCUGGGCCACCUGAGGAACCUGUAUCGCCACCUAGGUGCAGAAGCUGUUCAGCUGAAUGCCUAUUGGAUGACUGGCCUAUGCCGGGCUAUGGUGGCUUCCCUGGCUGGAGUGGAUACCAACCCUAUCCUUAUUAUCCACGGGACCGUAAUUCAGCAUCGAUCCCGAGGGAGGCGCCAUCCAUUUCUGGUUGUGCAGAGAGGAGACCUCCACCAUCCCCGGAGACCUCCUCUUCCAGCAUACAAUACUGCUACCACCAGGAUUCCGACGAAUCGGAAGUAGACUCCACAUCCCCUGAUGUGACCAUCACUUCCCAGGACCCUGGCUCCCCGGACGAGCCCCAUGUCACCUUCUCGGAGCUCAUCUCCCGUCUGGUUCGGUUGCUGGAGAUCGAGGCCCAUCAUCGCCCUGGUCCCAGCACCAAUAGAUUUUAUGACAUUGUCCGGGGAGAACAAUCCACAACCAUAGCAUUACCUCUUAUUACUACGCUCUUCCAGGCGAUGGUCCAGCCCUGGGACCAGCCGGCUCAACCACAAGCGAUGUCUUACCGGUACGACUCUAUGUACCAGGUUAGAGAGGAAGAUAUACCAUUUCUGCUACGCCACCCCAAGCCAAAUUCGAUGGUGGUUGAGUCGUCCCAGGGCAGAGAGGCUUGCGGUCAUACAAUACCCCACGAAAGCAAAGGGAGGAAGAUAGACAUGCUUGCACGUCGGGUCUAUGCGGCCACAGGACUCGAACUACACACAUCAUAUUAUGAAGCUACGCUGGCACGUUACCAGUACUUCAUAAUGCAGAAGCUGGAUAACGUUGCUUCCUCCCUUCUGGACCACCAGGCAGACCUAGCCAGGGUCUUUAUAAAAGAGGCAAUGCAAGUGGCCAUACAGCAAUUGUCCACUGCAAGACAUCAUGUGGACACUGACUCUCAGGCCAUGGUCAGUGUGUUUUCCCUUCGACUGCAUGCGUGGCUGAGGAAUUGUAACUUUCCUGAAAAAAUGAAGAGAAGGAUAGAAGAAAUGCCGUUCGAUGGUACUGGGCUUUUUCAUGCGAAGACCCAUCAGAAGCUCAAGGCAAUCCACAAGUCACGUAUGACAGUGCAUCGCAUGGAGCUCCCGCAACACAAAUGUAAGUGGCCAUGGCCCAGGCCUUACGGACGUCAACAGUACCAACCCUGCCAGCAAUAUCAGCAAAGACAUCAGCGUAGAAGGCAACAGCCUCAACAAUGUUUCUCUCAGGGCCGUCGAUGCUUCGAUACCGAAAAGCAUCCUCAUUGACGGUCCCGGUGAGCCACUCCUUCUCUCCACCUCCCACCUUCCCCUCUUCCUUUUGGGAGCCAGCUUCAAAGCCGACUCCCCAUUUGGGAGUCCAUUACAUCUGAUAGGUGGGUGUUGUCCAUCAUGCAGCUCGGAUACAGAAUAGAAUUCAACAUUGUUCCACCAUCGAGCCCUAUCCAUUUUACGCUGCCCUCUUCAAUUUUAUGCGAUGAGGUCUACCAGCUACUUCAUAAAGGAGCCAUUCGACAACUCUCUCGCUCUGAUGGGCUACACGGAUUCUAUUCUAGAUAUUUUACAGUCCCCAGACAGUAUGGUGGUCUUCGUCCCAUCCUAGACCUAAGAGAUGUUAAUAAAUACAUCAAGCCUAAAAAGUUUCGAAUGACCACCCUACAAAAUAUCCCUCCGUUACUGAGGAGAGGGGAUUGGUUCACCUCACUGGACUUGAAGGAUGCUUAUUUUCAUAUAUCCAUCCAUCCUUUCCAUAGACGUUUCCUGUGUUUUACUGCAGGACCUGAUGGAAGACUACCUUUCUUGUUGUGGUCACUUCAGCCAGAAGGGCUAGUGAGCUUUGUGCUCUUCACAUAGAACCACUGGUUUUGAAUUUUCAUAAGGAAAAGGUCGUCCUUCGGAUGGAUUCAACGUUUCUUCCUAAAGUGGCUACGUUUCAUUUGAAUCAGGACAUUGUCUUGCCCGCGUUCUUUCCAUCCCCAUCGACUCCGAUUGAACGCUCUCUCCACACUCUAGAUGUUCGAUGCUGCCUGGCUUUCUAUAGGUCUCGCACAGAAUCCUUCAGGAAUUCUAAUAGACUCUUCGUUAAAUACGCUGAUCAUGACAAGGGUUCUCCAGUUGCAUCUCAAAGACUGUCUAAAUGGAUUGUCCAGUCCAUAGUUCUGGUAUAUCAGCUAGCAAAGAUGGACUUACCUACACUCCCAAGAGGCCAUUCUACACAAGCAGUUGCGACUUCAUUGGCUUUUGCGGCAGGGGUUCCGAUCCAGGAUAUUUGCAGAGCCACAACCUGG